AUUGCUUUAAGUUUACUUUGGGUGAAUAAAGUACGUACAAAGUACUUUCCUUUAUAAAGACAGAGAGUUAUGGUACUUCUUCCCAUUGUCUAAAUAUUGACGGUCUGGAUGUGCAAAGCCUUUAAUGAUCCGAUCUUUGCAUUGAAUAAUUACGACAUGGGUUCAAACCCCGUUAGGGGCAAGUCGUUGUUUCCUUGAGCAAGAAACUUUACACUCAUUGCUCAGUACUGGUUCCAGGAACGGAUUGUAAAGUGUGUCUAUAAGCUUAUAGCUUCCUACACAAUCGAACUAAAAUAAAUUCGGCAUAUAAACAAAUAAUUACGAUACCUUACAGUGGUUAUGAACUCGGCUUAUAUGAUUAAGAUGUUUUUGUUUGGGUAAACGCUUUGCUACAAAUAGCACUUCUUCAUUUUUCACUUGGAAUAUGAGUUUUUUUUUAAUUAUUUGCCAUAGAAGAAAAACUGAGGUUGAUAAUAGUCGAUGAAUUUUUGUUUAUUAUGAUAAAAAGGAGUUGAAUCUACAUGUAUAUGGGAAGACAUCUGACAUAAUACAAUAUUAAAAUUUAUUAAACAAUUUUAAAGCUGCUUGCCUCUCCAGAUGAGCCACACUAUUUCAAGAAAAUCAAACUUGAGAACAAGGUUGUGCGAUUAAUGACUGAUGUAGCAGUAUUUUUCACCAUAUUUCUACUGCGUGACUAACGCAGGAUGGGCUAUUUUUGCACCUUUUGGUCUCUUUUUGGUAUUUUUCGUGGAUUUUAAUUAAGUACCCUUUGCAAUGUGUAAAUUACUUUCUUAGUUCACUUUACAAUGUUUUAAUUUUAAAAUACAUUCUUGAAAAAAUUUAUGAAAAUUAGCAUAAAUAUUCAUGUAAAUUAGCAAGAAUAUGGCGGAGGCAUGCUGCGUUACGUGUUGUUCUCUUGACAAAUAAUAUUUUUUUAUCAUUCAACAGAGUAAACUACUUCUUUUUGAAAUGCCAGAAAACCAAACAACUCUUACUAGAAAUAGCAAUGGAGGUACAGGAGAGGAUUUCACUGUUGUCGAAUCAGGGUCAAGUAAAAAGACAGAUAGAAGGAAAACAGACCGUAGCGAUAAAGAAAGAAAAGUAAGUGAGGAUAUUUUGUUGACAGCCGAGGAUCUUCUGCACGAGAUUGAUGACGCUAUCAAACCUCAGAUUAGUAAAGUGGAGUUCAGACCUAGUACUGUUCAGUUUGGAAUUGAUAAUGCAAUGCGCCGACAUGACAGAGUUCAAAUUACUAAUGAGCCAGGAACAAGUAAGAAUUUAGGGAACAAAACACGCAAGGAUACGUGUGUUAAAGCAUUUGAUAAAUAUGGGCUUAUUAACAUAGACGCAGUAGCAAAAUGGGUUACCAGUUCAAAUGUUGACAUUGAUUUGACCACAGAUACACAAAAAACCGAUCAUCCAGUUACGAAACAACAGAAAGAGAAUGAUAGCGUUUUUAAAAAGUCUGACGUAGCUGUAAAUGAAAUAGAUCAAAUAAUUGACGGUAUUUCAUCUAAAGAUCUUUUGAAAGAAAACAGAAAUUCAACAUCAAAAAUAGAAAAUAAUCCAUCAGUUUUAAAACAUGAUCUCAGUUCAUCUCAUACCACCAGCAUUCCGCAUAUGCCUGCAGAGUCAUUUCCAAAAGAUUUUAAACCAUUGCAGUCAAUUCGGUUACCUCCUAUUAAUAUCGAAGAAGUGAAAGAAAAAAUCCCAAACAAUACUGCCACAAAUACCAUAAGCAGUUCAUUCAUAUACACUAAACCAAAUAAUAAUUUGAUCUUAAAAGUCAGUGAAGUUCUAGGGUCUAAGAGAAAUGCAAAUGUAUCUGAAUGUCGAAAAGACAUUCCAUCUAACGGACAUGCAGCGGAACAUCCGCCGGAACCAGAAUAUAUACUUCCGGGUCAAGUGUCAGAAAAUAGCUUUGGAAAGAUCACAAGGGCAGUAAACGUUCGGAACAUAGAACUCGACUACAGUGCAGCAUUUGAACAACAAAAAGAUAUUAAAGAGAAUGACUGUGGAUUUGUCAGAUUUUUCAAGCGCUUUUGCUGUUGUAGUGUGAAGACAGACGACAAUCAGGAUCACGUAGAAGACCGCAUGGACGCUGUUGCGGAGAUAAGACGGAGUAUUCCAAGAAAAAUAUGGUCUAGAGUUAAAACAUAUUUUAGGUUUUAAAUUAUUUAUUGAUUUAACUUGCAUCAGAAAAAAGUUUGUAUUUUGCAAGCAAUUAAGUAUAGAUCAAAUUGAAUGAAUCUGGUAUAGUAUAUAUACAACUUUCAUAAGGAAGACAAUUCAAAACAUACACAUGGGCUGUCUAAAAUAAGAAUGUCCUGCCAGAUUGUAUAACGAGUAAGAACCCUAUUUAUCUUUACAUGAUGGCCAGAAACAUUGAACAUAUCUGAAUUUACCAGCAUUGAAACAUCACUUGAAUGAGUAUGUCACUCAUAUUUCAAAUAUAAUAUUUUAUUCACCAGGACAAAAGUUCAAUAUAUAAUAUGUAUUUUACAGUGUCAGUUCUGAAGAAGUUAAUCAGUAUUGUUUUAGAAUUGAUUUCAAUAGAUCUUCCAUUCUUUACAUGUAGAGUGAAUAAGCCUAGUAUGGACGGAGAUGUAAAAACUCAAAUUAUUUUGGAAUAGACUGCUAUUGCAGUUUAUUUUCAUUAUGUACAUGUACUCGUAUUUUUAUUGUAAAUAAAAUAUAAAAAAAAAGAUUAAGAUCUUAUAUUGUAACUUAAUUAAAAGUAUCGUAACAUUUUACUUUAAAAAAUAGUUGCAAAAUACAAGCUGGAUUUUGUAAUUGUGUCAUUAAAAUGCAAUACAUAACAUGUAUAUGUAUAUUUGGUUGUUUUGUUUCCAAGUCAUAUACCUAUAAAGUAUAGGCUAAGUGUGUAUUAAUUUCUCAAGUACCACAUAAAAAACUCGGAUUGGAAAUAUAUUGUUGGACACAAAGCCUCAAAGUUUUGGAGUGAUAGAAAGUCUUAUUGAUUUAUAAUCCAUAUUGCCUUUCAAAUGAAUAGCUAAAAUAAACUACAAAAAACAAUGGGAAAAUAUUAUGGACAGCAAAAUUGCAGUUUGCCUUAGUUACAACAUUUGACAUAAUUUUAUAAGCUUGUGAGCAACUACACACAAAACAAACAAAAAAUAUUCUUAAAUUACAAUUUUCCUUUUCUCUUUUAUUGUUUAUGAUUAGACGAGAUCAGUCGACUGCUAUAUACUUAGACCUAUGUAUUAUGGUGUUUUCUGAGUACAAGUAAUAGCUGCCAGCUCAUUGACAAACAUCGCUUACUUUCAAGUGAGAAAACAGUUAAACGACGAUAAAGGCAUGUCUGCUAAAAAAAAUACAUGUAUUUUGUUUUUGGCGCUGAAAGGAUGUUUUGUUACCUAUUCUCCCCAUCAGUGCUGGGCGAAAACGACUGUCGGUGGUAUUUGAGGACGAGUCCAGCUCUGGACAUGUAGCUAUUUCGCAUCUUAAUAUCUUGAGACCAUGCUGAGAGAAUGUUAGUUAUUAUGCAUGUAGUCAGAAUUGUUUUUGCUGAUAAAAGGCAUUGUGUUUCUUUUUGAAAACAUGAA